AUGGCUUCUCCUCCAUCCGGCGCUAUGGAGGCGAAUGCGCCAAUUCAAGACCAUAACAUCAAUGAUACGGAUACGGCGGCGCAAGACAGCACACUCAACGACAUGGACACCUCAACCCGAGCCGAUGCAGCGAACGAGACAACUGCGGCAGUGAACGAGGAGGAGCUCAACGAGGCGAAUACCGCAGUGCAAAAUGAUCAAUUGGCGGAGAUGGGUGUGACAGGAGAGUCCAAUUCCGCGCCGCUUCAAGACCUGCCACCUCCUACGCAGCCUGCUCGCAUUCUACCCAAUAACAUUGAUCGUCAAUAUGUUCAAGAACUGCGCCGCGAGCAGGAGAGAGCGUUCCGUAUUCAUGCACAGCGCGAGGAAGCUCGAAAUGCGCGCAUGGAAGAUCUCACCAAUCGGGAGGAUGACAGCUCUACCGAGACAGGUUUUGCUGGGCACGAAAAUGAAGCAAAUGGCAACGGUACCGCCGCACAGUAUGGAAGUCAUGACGAGACCAACACACCAGUCCGGGGAGAUGGCCCCGGUGACAGCGAUCAUUCUCCAAACAACGCACGCACCGUCGCGAUCGGUGCCGGGAAUGGAAGACUCAUCCUCAUCGAUCGAUUCUGGGCUUCGGACGAACAAAACACGCCGGCACCCGACUUCAACUGGAGACCGUUUCCUAUCGAGAUCCCAAGCAUCGAACAGUCGGCCAAUGGGCUCACACCCCUGCAGCUUGCCGCAUUCCUGCAUUGGCAGCUGCACCAGGAGUCGAUGUGGGCGCACAACGUCGGUGGGAUUCAGGACGAUGAUGACAACUUCUACAACCCAUUCACAGAUGACCAUCCGAUCCAAAGCUGGAUCAGUUUCAGUGCUGCUAUGGAGCUGUACCUACGCGGACUUCCUCUGUACAAUGAUAUCGCCACCGAGGAGCAGGUCUGUGCAUCCAUGCCGAAGAGGACGAUUCACCCGGAGGAGGCCCCGCAACACCCUACAGCCGAUGAAGCAGAAAAUGCCGCCAUCUCCAGCGUUCACAGACGCAUUGUGCAAGAAUUGAAGGACGACUGCAAGAUCUGCGGCGAAGCGGUCCCAGCGGACAAGAUGUGGUACUUGACCAAGUGCGGGCAUGUUGGAUGUCAGGGAUGCGUGAUCAAAUGGCUGAAGGCGAACCGCACUUGCCCUUGGUGUCGCAGAGAAGUCGACCAUGAAGGCUCGAUCCUGGUGGAGCUAGCCGUGGCUGAAUCCAAGCCCAAGGGCUGUGCUGUGAAGAGGAAGGCAGACGAGGCGGACAUGGGAGUCGACGACAGAGAUGCGAAGAAAGCUGCAUUGUGA